AUGGACCCUGCUGAAUAUGAGACUAAUGUUCUAGUUAUUAAUAACAUAUCUGCCGUCGCUUAUGCUUUCUACGAACCGGAAUCACCACCCUCAAACUUCUACGUAUCAGGAGCGAUCGAAUUCGAGGGCGCACUGCGGAGCGAUGGCCAUCUGGUAUAUGUCGAUGCCGCCCGGCAUGGCUUGUGGUGUUUCCGCUUGCAAAAGAAAGAUGACCCGCCAGGCUCGCCGAGCUUCGCAAAGACGUUUGACUGCCAAGGGCUCAACUUCUUGUUAGUCGAGGAUGGCCUAUUUGAGCCCGCGAGUCUGCUCAAGAGCCGAGGGUAUGGCGCCAGUGCAAUCAAUACACCUAGUAGUUCCUCCUCCAGCGCGUCAAACCCUCUCGAUGCGGGACUCAGGGGCGUCCAGGCGGCUGCCUUUCCGGGUAGUCUAAACGAUCAGGAGGUGAAAAUGUCAGUGCAGGAGACCCGAGGCACAGCCACGACCACCGUCAGAGAUGCAUAUCAGCACUUCAUCUCGGCGGUUCUCUCUGCCUUGUCAUCUACAUUAUGCAACACAUCAGGAGCUCUACCCUUGAAUUCGCGAACCCUGCUUUUGCCACAACGAAUACAGGAGGAGAGUGGCAUGAGCAUACCCAUCUUGACCUCAUUGCGGGUGUACCUGACAACUACUGGCUCGCUUGUUGUCAUGCUCCAUGCCAGCUCCGUGAAGGGUCUCCACUCCCUAUCCGAGUACGCAUACCCGCCAUUACAGGGUAUCACGGUUCUUGCGGCGCCCCUCGGCGUGUUCGCGACUUGUCAAGCUGUCGCCGACAGUGAAUACUCGUCGAAUAAUAGCGCCAUGCCACAGUCUCCCGAUACGCAAGUGUCUCGGUUGCGUCCAGAAAGAGAGUCAGGACACUGGCGGUCAAUUUGCGCAAAAUUGUUACAAGCAAGAAAUCUGCCUUCCCCGAUCAGCGGUACACAAAAAUGGCUCAGCUUGCAGCGUGUUCGGAGGAAACCUAUUGACCAGAGCUAUGAUGGAAAACGAACACCAAUGAUCACGGCCGCUCCAACCAGCCUCUCAUGGCCAUCGAACCUUUGUUUUUGCAAAGGUCUCUCCAGACUUAGCAUUUCGGAUAUGCCAUCUUCGAGUCCAGAUGGUAGUUACGAUCCUUUGGCAAAUGCAAAAACCUGGUUCAACAGUACGACGGAACGAGAGGAACUUCUUGCCAGGAGGAAGCAGGAGCGAGAAGCAGCCGCUGCUCAGCAGUCUAGCACGGGCAGCCAACCACAGCCUGGAGCUGGGCUUUCCCCCAUUGCCCUGCAUCGGCCCAGUAAUGCCGGAGUGCCUCCAGGCGCAAUGUAUCCAACGCCACCUGAUGGCGUGCAGAAUGCAGUCGGGUUUACUCCGUCGAUAGACGGAACCAUAUCCAGCCCAGGACACCAGCCAAUUACGACUGCCGUGGUCGAAAUCGACACAACGGUGAACAUGCCACCGGAAACUUUUGCAGAUGCCUGGGAAAAUCCAGAACCUAAGAGGGAACGGGGGGGCAGCUCGUUUGAGUCUGAAAAUCUUUUCGGUGAUCUUGGGCCAGACAUGUUUGGUGACAAUGAUAUAACCGACGCCGACUUUAGUUUCUUCGAUGAGCAACCUGGCGGAUUGGACAUGACACUCGAUAGCGUUGACUUGUCUGGUGCAGACAGGCUUCUCGACAUGACCCAGGACUUCCACACUGCGCCAGUCACUGAUGUUACUCCACGUCCACCAGUGGCACCUCCGCCAUCAGCGCCUCCUGCACCCGUUUUUGCGAAACCCGAACUCAAGCAUGCCAGAAGCUCCCUGAACGAGCAGCCCAGACGUAAUACCGAACCUGACGUUGAGCGACAGCGAUCCAUGACCGUUAAAAGACAAGCCAGCCCGUUUACUCCUGAUACGGUGUUCAAACGGAUUAGGGCAUCCAUUGAUACACGCAGCAUGCCACAGCUCAAGUCCAACUGGAGCACACCGCAGCCGGGGAGCAUAUUUGACAAGGUUGAGUUUAGCCCCAGCCUUUCUCUUGUCAAUCGCAAGUACCACGGGAAUGGUCGCUUCAGCUUCUCGCUCAAUCGAGACCAAGCAUCGAAACCCUACGUUUUUGAGGCGCCACCUACAACAGGAUAUCUACGACGUCACGGAAAGGGCCGGAGGGCACUCAAAGACCCCCCUGCCAAUGUUGGUGAGCUUUUUGCACGCAUGACCAAAGGUCCUGGGAUUUCUUCUCAACAUCCAAGUCCAAGCAAGCUUGACGACCCGGCAUCGGAUGCCGAUGAAAUGAGUGUCGUGUCCGAUCAAGAUGACUCUAGCUACGAUAGUGACGAGCCCUCAUCGCCCGGCAAGACUGGAAGCGUUCGUAGGCGGCGAUUGGAUGACGAUGAACAAUCACUUGCUACCUCAUUCAGAGAGCUUGAAUACCCGGAUGCCGCAUCGCCCCAUUCAUCGGUAGACCUUCCAAAAUUUUCAAAGUCGGAUGUCGACCUACCCUUGGCGAGAUACUUUGCAGAUGCUGAGCCAUCGAGCUCACAAUUGAUGAUUCCAGACAAUGACUUCGUCAUAGCGGCGCAAUUACUGACGGACCAAGCUUGUACAAGCACUUUGGGCAUUGCAACUGAUCCAACAGUUUCGCUACAGUCCAAAUUGAGCCGUUGGCGGGAGCUGCUUGCAACAACAAAUCUUGUUAUGCAGGAGCUUCGAUCUGCGUUGCCAUCUUGGUUUGUCGACCUGGAUGAGCAGCUUUUCAAGCCAUUCCUAGAAGUGCAGGACGUUCCUCUGCUGGGACAACCAUCACGGAUGCAGCCCCGUCCACCUGGAGCAGAGCAACUGAAGCCGAGCAAUCCAUUCCAAAUACCCCCACCGCGCUUUGAGAUGAGACGUUAUGACUCGAAACUUUCUGUUCUUCCCUCUGCGGUGACAUUCUGGGAAAGCUUGGGCCUCGGUCCGUCCAACGGCCCUAAAAAUAUUCAUUCUGUCUGCAUAUAUCCCGAUGCUGAGGGACUCGCGGACGAUGUCGAUGGCUUCUUGGACAAGAUGCAGGGCUCAUAUGAGUCUCUCAGACUUGGUUCCUUUAGUCGCAUGUCUGCUUCUCCCGAUUUUCCCGGCGGGCUUUUCCCGCACGAGCUGGAAGCUUCUGGGCAAGAUUUCAAUGUAACAGGUUCAAUCCUGAGCGCGUCACUUCUCAAUGGACUGACGAAACUGAGUGAUGUGCUAUCACAUCUCCCAGUCAAGGAAACCAACGUUGUUGUCUUUUUUGUAUACUCGACGAGUAUACCUGCAUCGCCAGCCGAGUGCUGUUAUGCAUUCCAUCAGCUGUUUGAAAGAUAUAAGAAGUUGCUACUUAGUAGUAGGACGCCGGUUGAGAAUGAUCUCGUGUUACAACUAGUCCCAAUGGACUUCUUGGCAUCAACCAACUCGAUGUGCAGCCCAUCGCCGCACGACUAUGCUAGACUGGCAGUCGAAACAUAUGACCGCUGUACCAUGUUUGGGGGUGCCAUGCCGGCGCCUGCCAUUGUCCUGGAGCAGACGAUCCCGCGCAUGAUAGAUUUCAAGCUAUCAACCACACCCUCUGCAUCGCUUCUUCAUGAGAAUACAUGCCUUCACAUUGCUUAUGCACAGAGUGUGGAUGAGCGAUGGGUCACGGCUGCAUGGACGGACAAUCGCGGCAGUUUACAAAUGACUGCGUCAUAUUGUCUUGGCCGAAAAGGCAAAACCAUUGCCACGCCCUUUGUUGACGUUGGUCGCGAAAUCUGGGAAAGCACACACGAAAUGAUUAGCACUCGAAAGGUGUCCUGGAGAAUCAUCAUAACCAAGUGCGGCAUGAUGGAUCAAUCGGAGAUUGACUUGUGGUCCGGUCUAGCACAGACGGAAUCCAGAGCAACGGUAACAUUGACACUCAUCACCGUGGAUACGGACCCAUCGCUCCAGCUCCUGCCGCCAGAGGUGAAGGUGGCCAAUAACGCUACUGGUGUCUUUUACACAACUCCCGUCUCUACACCUCAGCCAUCAAUGGUGUCGCCUGAACAGUCCGGGAACCCACCUACGCCGUCUUUACGCGACGCAACAAGUGCACCGACACCGGGCGGUCCCGGCGACGCGACUGCCGAGUCGGACGCAGAAGCAACUCUUACCGAUGUGACUGAUCAUACGUGGGGCUCAAUCCUGGCGCAUCGACUUAACAACUCUACGUCCCUCACGGAGCUGUCUCCAGCAAUUGUGAGUGGCUACUUGCUCAAGAAGGGUGGCAGCAGACUGGAGGAUCCACCCACCGUGAUGGAAGUCAACAUUGUUCACAACGAGGGCAAUCCAAGGGCUUAUGAAACUCUGCUCCGGGAGAUGCUUACAUACUUUCGGGGAUUGGGUACCCUAGCACGGGCAAGGGGGAUGACCAACAGGGAAACAGAUAUUCGACCUUGGCACAUUGCUGCGGCCGAGAAUGGAUCGCGGGCUUUAUACAAUCUCAUGUGA